GCCCUAACCGGAAAAGUCAUGGAGUUCACGAGGUAUACACAGGCCUGGCUUAUUGUCGCCUUCAUCGUUAGCACAGAGCUGACAUACGCGCAAAUUUCAGACUCAUUGCCAACAAUACCUCCGGCAACAACAACGGCAACAUUACCAGUGAGGACGACCGAAGCAACAACUGUGGAGACUGAAGAUGUUACGGCACGAUCUCGGAAAGGCAACACGACCGUCACUGAUUCACAAUCUGGGGAAGACUGCAGAGGGAAUACUGUUAUCGUCGAAGUGGUGGUUGCAGGAGUUAUCAUUUGUGUUGCCAUGGUGAUCGGAGCGGUGUUGUACUAUAAAAGAAGACCUACGCAAACAUCAGGAGUAAUUUUUGAAAAUGACACGGAAAUACCGUCAAUCAGCUAUUCCGAUAAGACACAAACCACGAAUACGCCGCUGUACGCCAAUGUUGACGUUCCGAUUCCGCAAGGACAGCGCGUGGAAAAAGAGAGCAACCUGAGGGAAGAGGACGUUGAUUACCUCACUCUUGGCUCAUCACAGAGUCCUCAUUACCAGGUUCCUCAGGCUCUCGAGCGCGGAGAACACAGCUACAGCAAACUACGUUACUGAUCUGAAUCAGUCUGUGUUGACUGACGUAACUGACGUGACGUCACGUCCAGUGCAAGACGUAGAAACCAGAUGAAGGUUACCACAGAGUACC